GAAGGGCUCGAUGAGGUAUUUGAAGAAGCUUUUGAAAUUGGCUACAACUAUGCGCUCGAACAGAAACGUGACGGCUAUCGACGCCGAAAAUCAUCUGACGUUGAAGAAGCUAAAGAUAGACGAUCCAGCGUGUGCAUUACUCAGUGAUCUGUACAUUUUCAUAUUUUUCGAUCUCUGUACAUAAUU